AUGGAAAAUCAUAAUAUAGUUUUAAAAUGGAAUAAACAAGAAUUAGUAUUUAAUCUUCAAUCAACUCAAACAUUAAGUGAAUUAAAAAGUUUAAUCUAUGAACAAACACAUAUAUUACCUGAUAGACAAAAAUUAAUGGGUCUAAAAUUAAAAACACCAGGUACUAUUACAAAUACAACAACAAUAGAUGAAAUAAAUCUUGCAUCAAAAAUUAUGCUAAUGGGUACACCUGAAGAAUCAAUAGCAGAAUUAAAUGCUUCGAAACCUGUUCAACCAGAUUUAUCCGAAGGACAAGAAGAAGAACAACAAGAUACAACAUGGAUUGAAGAUCCUGAUACAAUUCCAUUGGAAAAACGUGAAGAAGUACGAAUAAAAUUAGAACGUCGAAUAAAUACUUAUCAAGGAAAAAUUUUUAAUGAACCACGACCAGGAAAAAAAUUACUUGUAUUAGAUAUUGAUUAUACAUUAUUUGAUCAUCGUAGUGCAGCUGAAACAGGUGCUGAAUUAAUGAGACCAUAUUUACAUGAAUUCUUAACAACAGUUUAUGAACAUUAUGAUAUUGGAAUAUGGUCAGCUACAUCUAUGAAAUGGAUUGAAUCGAAAAUGAAAUUACUUGGAAUUGAAGGUAUUUCACAAGGUCGAACAACGAAUACAACAUUUAAUUAUAAAAUUGUAUUUUAUAUGGAUUCUGGUGCUAUGAUAUCUGUUUAUACAAAAGAAUUUGGCCUUCAAGACGUUAAACCAUUACCUGUUAUAUGGGAAAAAUAUCCUACACUUUAUUCGGAUAAGAAUACAAUUAUGUUUGAUGAUGUUUCAAGAAAUUUCUUAUUAAAUCCAUUAAAUGGUUUAAAAAUUCGUCCAUUUAAACGAGCACAUUUUACACGUGCAACUGAUAGGGAAUUAUUUAGUUUAACACAAUAUUUAAUGAUGAUAGCACAACAUGAUGAUUUCAGUAAACUUGAUCAUCGUCGUUGGGAACAAAUGCUUGAACGACAACAAUUUAUUGAACGAAGAAAACCAAAAUAA